ACUUCCUUAACACUAUUCCAGUGUUUCUCCGUGACCCUACGUCGUUUUUCCUUUUUGUUUUCCACACACACCGCGAGGCGCGUACUUUCGGAUCCGCUACUAGCCCAACAACGUAGCGGUGCCUAAUCCUUAGGAAUAACGAAUAACCAUAACAGCCUCAGCAUGUUGCAUUGUCUCAACGGUUCGGGGAAUCUAGGAGCCAGUUGUUCGGACAUGACAGUGUUGGAAAGACAAAGGGAAGCAACCAUGAAGUGGCAACACCACCAUCACGACAAUCACCAACCUUACUGUUCCGCUACGGAGUUUCACGUUAACCUCGUUUUCUCUUCUUCUUCCAACAACCUUCCUCAGAGUCAGGGCUUGGCCAUGGCGCGUGAGCGUGAUGAUUCCGCGCUCUCUCAGGUGUUGGCUCAUUCUCUCAAACCCGACCCGGGUCUCUGCCCCGAAUCGGACAACGGAUUCGGAUCCUCUUCCGGUUUUUUACCCAAGGAAAACAAUAAGAAGAGGAAGGCGCUGAACUGCAAGGUUGCUGCGGAGAGUGAUAACAAAGAGAAGAGAGUGAAAGGAAGUGGUGAGGAAGGAGAAUCCAGAGUGACAAACCAAACCGGCAACAGAAACGGCAAAUCCAACGCAAAUAAGAACAACAGAGAAACCUCUGCGGAUUCUUCGAAAGGCUCCGAGGUUCAGAACCAGAAGCGCGAGUACAUUCAUGUCCGAGCGCGUCGUGGCCAAGCCACUGAUAGUCAUAGCUUAGCUGAAAGAGUCAGAAGGGAGAAAAUUAGUGAGAGAAUGAAGUAUUUGCAAGAUUUGGUUCCGGGUUGCAACAAAAUUGCAGGCAAAGCUGGAAUGCUUGAUGAAAUCAUUAACUAUGUUCAGUCUCUUCAACGACAAGUCGAGUUCUUGUCAAUGAAAUUAGCGGCUGUAAAUCCAAGCAUUGACGAACUGUUUGCCAGAGAGGUGUUUCCUUCAUGUGGUCAAGGUUUACCCAACAUUGGGAUGGCAUCGGAUAUGAGUAUGUGUAACAACCCCUCGUAUGUUCAGUUGAAUUCGACACAGCAACUUGUAUCAUGUUUUGGUGGAUUAAUAAAUAACGUGGGGAUAAGCCCUCCGAAUGUGGGAGUUCGAAGGAACCUUAGUACUACUACUACACAUGUACCUUUGCCCGAAGCGUUUAUUGACUCGUCCUGUUUCACUCAAAUUCUACCCUCUUCCAAUUGGGAAGGUGAUUUUCAAAGCCUUUACAACGUUGCUUUUGAUCAAGGGAGAGCAUCAUCAUCAUCUUUUCCUUCUCAGCCAUUUACAGAGUAGUGGCAAAGUUCUUUGCAGCUUGCUCAAUAACAUUAGAAUGAUCGAUGCUAAUUGCCAUGUAUAACACGUUGUUUUGAUACCAGACAAACAAAUUAACUUACGAGGUUGCAAGUUUCUCUUUUCGAGAUUCUUCUUAGUUGUUUGGAUGAUGAAUUGUUGUUGUAAACAUGGUUUUAUGUAUCUGCAGGUGUAGUUGAAAUUAGCAAUCCGAAGAUGGAGAUGUAAACGAUCGAGAUUAUCCAUUUGAUUUUGUUGGAUUGGCUCACUCGGAAGAGCUUUAUGGAGAUUUUUUUCUAAGUACAUAACAUAUAUUUGUUGUAUACUACUCCGUAGAAUAAAUAAGAUCAUAUUAGUGGCUGUUAACUUCA